UUUUGACAGGUGCAGCUGCAAAGCAGGCAGACGCACAGCCUGGAAGGACUUUGGGGGAUCUUGACCUCUAAGGGGUGCCGAGAGAGGGGAGCAAAGCAGAAAAAGAGACCGAAAGCUCGAGCGAGUGGGGGAACUGUGUAAAUUGUAAGGGAGAGAAUAGGCACAGAGGAAAAGGGCUUCGCAGAACAAGGCAACAUGACGACUCAGAUGGAAACGCACAUGCAAUACAACCAUUGCUACAUGAUGACCGAAGACUACAUGGCACAGGAGGAAGACUGGGAUCGGGACUUACUGCUUGACCCAGCCUGGGAAAAGCAACAGCGAAAGACAUUUACAGCUUGGUGCAAUUCCCACUUGCGGAAGGCUGGGACACAGAUUGAGAAUAUUGAAGACGACUUCCGGAAUGGCCUUAAACUCAUGCUCUUAUUAGAGGUGAUUUCAGGUGAGCGGUUGCCAAAGCCAGACAAGGGCAAGAUGCGUUUCCACAAAAUUGCCAACGUCAACAAGGCUCUGGACUUCAUUUCCAGUAAGGGGGUCAAACUGGUAUCCAUUGGAGCUGAGGAAAUUGUGGACGGAAACCUGAAGAUGACUCUGGGUAUGAUCUGGACAAUCAUCCUCCGAUUCGCUAUCCAGGACAUCUCAGUGGAAGAAACUUCGGCCAAGGAGGGGCUGCUGCUGUGGUGCCAAAGGAAGACGGCUCCCUACCGGAACGUCAAUGUGCAGAACUUCCACAUUAGCUGGAAGGAUGGCCUGGCACUCUGCGCCCUGAUCCAUCGGCACCGUCCCGACCUCAUUGACUACGCCAAGCUGAGAAAGGAUGAUCCCAUUGGGAACCUCAAUACAGCUUUUGAGGUGGCCGAGAAAUAUCUGGAUAUCCCCAAGAUGCUGGAUGCGGAAGAUAUUGUCAACACCCCCAAACCAGAUGAGAAAGCCAUCAUGACAUAUGUUUCUUGUUUCUAUCAUGCUUUUGCUGGUGCGGAGCAGGCUGAGACAGCAGCCAAUAGGAUCUGCAAAGUGCUGGCUGUCAAUCAAGAGAAUGAGAAACUGAUGCAGGAGUAUGAAAAGCUGGCCAGUGAGCUGCUGGAAUGGAUCCGCCGCACCAUCCCAUGGCUGGAGAACCGGGUGCCGGAGAAGAACAUGGCCGCCAUGCAACGCAAGCUGGAGGACUUCCGGGACUACCGCCGCGUGCACAAACCUCCCCGCGUCCAGGAGAAAUGCCAGCUGGAGAUCAACUUCAACACCUUGCAAACCAAGCUGCGCCUCAGCAACCGUCCAGCCUUCAUGCCCUCCGAGGGGAAGAUGGUCUCUGACAUUGCCAAUGCCUGGAAAGGUCUGGAACAAGUUGAGAAAGGAUACGAAGAAUGGCUGCUGACGGAGAUCAGGCGCCUGGAGCGUCUGGACCACCUGGCUGAGAAGUUCAAGCAGAAGGCUAGUCUGCACGAGAAUUGGACCAGAGGGAAGGAAGAGAUGUUGUCCCAGAAGGACUACGAAUCAGCCACACUCUAUGAGAUCCGGGCACUGAUGCGCAAGCACGAGGCCUUUGAGAGUGACCUGGCCGCCCAUCAGGACCGCGUGGAGCAAAUUGCGGCCAUCGCUCAGGAGCUCAAUGAGCUGGACUACCACGAUGCAGCCUCCGUCAACUCCCGCUGCCAGGCCAUCUGUGACCAAUGGGAUACCUUGGGGACGCUCACCCAGAAGAGAAGGGAUGCCCUGGAGCGGGUGGAGAAGCUGCUGGAGACCAUCGAUCAGCUGUACCUGGAGUUUGCCAAGAGAGCCGCCCCAUUCAACAAUUGGAUGGACGGAGCCAUUGAGGAUCUCCAGGACAUGUUCAUCGUGCACAGCAUCGAGGAGAUCCAGAGCCUGAUCACAGCCCACGAGCAGUUCAAAGCCACCCUGCCAGAGGCCGACAAGGAGCGCAUGGCCAUCCUGGGCAUUCAGAACGAGAUCCAAAAGAUUGCUCAAACCUACGGCAUCAAGCUGUCGGGCCUGAACCCCUACACCACCCUUUCCCAUCACGACAUUGCCAACAAGUGGGACAAGGUGAAACAGCUGGUUCCACAUCGUGACCAGACCUUGCAGGAAGAACUGGCAAGACAGCAAGCCAAUGAGCGCCUGCGACGUCAAUUUGCUGCCCAGGCUAAUAUCAUUGGUCCCUGGAUCCAGACCAAGAUGGAGGAAAUUGGUCAUGUCUCCGUGGACAUAAGUGGACCCCUCGAGGACCAAAUGAACCAACUGAAACAGCACGAGCAAAAUAUUAUCAAUUACAAACUGAAUAUUGACAAGCUGGAGGGUGACCACCAGCUCAUCCAAGAAGCUCUCGUUUUCGACAACAAGCACACCAACUACACCAUGGAACACAUCCGCGUGGGCUGGGAGCAGCUCUUGACCACGAUUGCCCGCACCAUCAAUGAAGUCGAGAACCAGAUCCUGACCCGCGAUGCCAAAGGCAUCAGCCAAGAACAGAUGAACGAGUUCCGGGCUUCCUUCAACCAUUUCGACCGGAAACGAAAUGGCCUGAUGGACCCCGACGACUUCAGGGCCUGCUUGAUCUCCAUGGGAUACGACCUGGGAGAAGUGGAGUUUGCCCGUAUCAUGACCCUAGUGGAUCCCAACAACACGGGAGUGGUGACCUUCCAAGCCUUCAUCGACUUCAUGACCCGGGAGACAGCCGAGACCGACACGGCUGAACAGGUCAUUGCCUCCUUCAAGAUCCUGGCUUCAGACAAGAACUACAUCACAGUGGAAGAGCUGCGCCGGGAGCUGCCCCCAGAGCAGGCCGAGUACUGCAUCACCAGGAUGACCAAGUACAGCGGAGCCGAUGCCGUCACUGGCGCCUUGGACUAUGUCUCCUUCUCCAGCGCCUUGUACGGGGAGAGCGACCUGUGAUUCCCUCCCCACAAAAGGCAUGUGGGAGAAGAAUGACCCCCCCCUUCCGGGGAGCUAACACAAUUCGAGUGCUGUGCCCAGGGCACAGCCCCUUCCCCACAUGCCCCCUCCCCCAAAUGUUGGGCAAAAGGUAACGAGAACCUCCCUCUCCACCUAUGAGCCACAGCUGGUGGAACCAAGAGGGGGGUGGUCUUGGUCAGAAAACCGUCUCUGUCCUGUCCUGCUGCUGUCUCUCUUCUUUGCUCCUGAGUUAGUCAAGCCCUCCACCCCCCCAGGCUGUGCUCUGCCCUGCCUCCCACCCCACCAAGACCCUUCUGGGUUUCUCAGCCCCCAGGCAAUGUCCUGAAAGGCAGCCCUGGACGCUGCCCAGAUGAUCAUCGGGGCUGCCCCGAGGGGUUCCCAAGGAAGCAGGGCAGGGCCGGCAUGGAACAAAUGCUGUACCAAUAAACACCACACUCUGGAGGCCCA